AUUUUUAAAAGAAAUUUUGGUGUGAUCAAAAAUAUUUAAUUUGUGCAAGCAGAGUACUUAAAUUGUUAAACAAAAGGGAAAUUGUCAAUAGAAUGAAUGAAAGGAUAUUUUCUGUGCUACUUUUAGCAUCAGUCACGCUGCUACUCGAAAUACAACUCACUUCGUCAUGUAAUCAAAUGCUAUGUGCAUCAGCAGUCUCUAAAUGUAUGUUAACUCAACAGUGUAAAUGUGAUAUUAAGACAUGCUCUUGUUGUGAUGAUUGUGUAAAUUGCCUGAGCUGGCUUUGGAAAGAGUGCUGCUCUUGUGUCGAUUUAUGUCCCAAACCAAACGAGACUCGUAUAAAUCCACUAUCAAAACAGUCUCAUUCAGAGACUCUUGAAGAUCACAUUCCUGGACUUUUUUCUGCAUUAAUAGAAGAUUCGGAUGAGGAAAAGUGGUCAGUCUUUACAUUCCCAGUAGAUUUUGAUGUUCAAACAAUGUCACAUAGUCAAAAAAAUUUUCUUCAAUCUGCUGAUAAUGAUCUACAAAAUAUUGCAGAUUUAAAGACAAUUACCGUUAAUUGUAGUGUUGCUUACAUGUCAGGUUGUAUGUCAAUGAGAAAAUGCAAAGAAACAUGCAAUUCAAUGGGAGCCAAUGCCUAUAGAUGGUUCCUUGAUGGAUGUUGUGAAUGUGUUGGAUCAACAUGUCCACAUCACGGUAUUGAAGAAUCUCGUUGUAGUGAAUGUCCUGAAUCUAAAAUUGGUGAUGGAAACAAUAAUCAUCUCGAUAUGCCGCCCAAUGAAGACGAGGAUCUCGAGUACGGAGAGGAUAUGAAAGCAAUUUAAGACAAACUUUAAAUACGAUUAUUGUGACCUUGCCAUGUGACAUUUUUGUUGUGCCUUAAAUUACGAUACGAUCGAUAAGUCAUUAUUACUUAAGUAAUACUUAAAGGAUGAAGCUUUCUUUAGUCUUAUUUUCUUAUUAUUAUUAUUAUUAUUGACGUCUUUAUGGACCAAAAUGUGUAUUAUAAAGCAAAAUGUGAAUUAAAAGUCCAUAAAUUAAACAAUACUCAUAUUAUGAGGACCUUAUUGAUAUUUUUUAUACUAACAUUACACCACAAUUUGUAAAUUUUUAUUAUGUAUUUUUAUAUACCAGACUAAUCAUCGAAUUUUUUAUGCAAUAAAAAGCAAUUUUACUUAUUUAAAAAAACAUUUUAAUUGUAUUUUUAAAACAUUUGUGAAGUUUUGAAGCACACAUUUGUGGAGUUUUUAAAGAGGUCAGAUCCUGAAACAUUUAUAACGUUUUAUAACAUUUGUAGAGUUUUUGGGGGACGGCAUUU